AUGAUUUCAUUUAACACAACUGAUAAAGUUGGGGAUAAUUUUAAAGCUCGCACUGAGAGGAAGAUAAAAGUUAUGACCUUAGAAUCUGAAAUGAAAAGGAAACUUAGUAAUAAGGAAUUCCUGGUGAAUGGAAUAAUGAAAAAUCCUAUCAGUGUUUUUCCAGUAGGGUCAUAUUUACAUGGUGAACUUCUGGUGAGAGAAUUAGUGGAGAGAAUCAGUGGAGGGAUUUAUGCAAAUGAUGCAGCGAGUGAACGGCCAGCUAUAGAGUCAUUUUGUAGCCGGGACCCGGUCCCACGCUCCUUCGAGCCCCAGAGAAUUAAGCAGCAGAUUUGGGGAAAACUGGUCGCGAAUGCAGAUGUUUUUGAUGAGAACAGGGCUUUGGCUGAUGGACCGUGCACUCAGAGGAGGAGACAGGCCACACCUUUCAAGCAGAGGCAGCUCACUGAUGUCCUCCUCAAGUUUCCACACCCUGCCCACCAGAGGUACGUCCGACAGGCCUGGCAGAAGCUCCACAUCAAUACAGAAUGUGUAGUCACACGAUGGGCCGAGGAGAUGGAAGCCAGAGAAAAGAAAACCAAGAUGACAGACCUCAAUCGUUUUAAAGUUAUGAAGGCAAAGAAAAGGAGGAACAGAAUCAUCAAGAGCAAAGUCAAGAAGCUUCAAAAGGCAGCUCUCCUGAAAGCUUUUCCUAAAAAAACACUUGCUGCUAAGGGUACAGCUGCUGCUGAAGUCCCAGUGAAAAAGAUGACCGCUGCGGGUAAGAAGGCUCCAGUCCAGAAGGUUCCUCCCAAGAAAGCCACAGGCCAGAAGGCAACACCAGCUCCAAAAGCUCAGAAGGGUCAAAAAGCACCUGCCACAGAGGCUCCUGCUCCAAAGAUACUGGACAAGAAAGCAUAA